CUAACACUAAGGAUGCUGAUAUGUCCGAUGAGCACCGUGAAUCACUGAAUAUUUCUCUCAAUUUGAUAAUAAAUUUGUAAAGAGCCUACGGUUGCAAAGAGACUGGUUUGAAGAAGUGGAUAAUCUCACACUGAAGAAAUAAAGUAGAAUUGAACUUGCAUUGACCAAAAACAAAAUGUGCCCUUUGAGAGUGUUGCGCACCAGCUCCAAACCCUAUCUCCUCAAUUUCAUCACUCAUCAAUACCAGUACCACGCCCGUAGAAAUCUCAUUCUCCAAUCUUCCGCUUCUGAACUCGUCAAGCUUCGCAAACUCACUGGCCCUUAUUCCGGGAUUGUUGAAAUUAGCUUGGACAGGCCUGAAGCCAAGAAUGCGAUAGGGACAGAGAUGAUACGAGGACUAAGGCAUGCGUUUGAGUUGAUUAAUCAGAAUUCUUACGCUAAUGUUGCUAUGAUCUGCAGUUCAGUACCUAAAGUAUUUUGUGCUGGGGCUGAUUUAAAGGAGCGCGUGGACAUGAGUGAAUCAGAGACCAAGAUUUUUGUGAAUUCUCUUCGGUCCACAUUCUCAUUUCUUGAGGCUGUUCGUAUACCAACUAUUGCUAUUAUUGAAGGUGUAGCUCUUGGUGGUGGACUUGAAAUGGCUUUGGCAUGUGAUAUUCGGAUAUGUGGAGACAGGGCUAUUAUGGGUUUUCCAGAGACAACACUUGCAAUAAUCCCUGGGGCUGGUGGAACACAGCGACUACCCAGAUUAGUUGGAAAAGCAGUUGCAAAGGAUUUUAUAUUUACUGGUCGAAGGAUUGAGGGUGAAGAGGCACUAUCAGUGGGUCUUGUCAAUUACUGUGUUCCUGAUGGUGAAGCUUAUUCAAAGGCACUUACAAUUGCUCGGGAUAUCAAUCUGAAGGGUCCUGUAGCUGUAAGGAUGGCUAAAAGAGCAAUUAAUGAGGGAGUUGAGACUGAUCUAACUUCGGCUUUGGCUUUGGAAGAAGAUUGCUAUGAUCAGGUGUUGAGUACUAAAGAUCGACGAGAAGGCUUAGCUGCGUUUGCUGAGAAGCGGAAACCAAUUUAUAUUGGUGAGUGAAAGGAGUGGUUUUCUGCUGAUUGGGUCUUUAUGUUGCUAGAGAGGAAGUCUAUCAUGUAGGUUUGAGUCAUCUAGAGCCUGGAGUCAAUUUCCUAGAUGAGGAAGUUUCAUUACAAUUUGCUGGGGACAGUUUCUUCCCCUUUGAGUACAGUCAUAUUCCUGAAGCUGAAAUGUGUCUAAAAUCAUGCUCCUUGAGACACCAGCUUUGAGCUUUCUUUCAUAAUUUUUAUUAUUGCUGUAUUUGGAUGCUUUCCAGCAAUAAACUAAUCUGUUUGGAAUCUUGGGUUAUCAACUUUUGGUGCUUCAGUGUAAAUAAUAAAAUCCAUUUGGAUAACAAAGCAACCCUUAAGAACCAGUAUAUUACUGUUCAA